AUUGCCACCCCAAAACCCUUCUGCUUCUUCCCGUAAAAUCAUUUCCAUCUUCAAAGAUUCACACAAAACCUAAUCACUAUAUGAAAAAUUCAAAAUUUCUCUAAAACCCAAUUUCAACCAUGAAUUUCUUAACAAAAACAAUAGCAAAUAGAGCUUUAUCCUCCUCUUCAUAUCCCCAAAAAUACCAACUUUUUCUAUCUUUUUCAAGAUUUGCCUCUAAAACAACAACCCCAAGAAAAUCCAAAAUCCCAAAACCCCAAGAACCCUCUUCAUCUUACUCACUUACCCCUCCAAAAAUUGAAACUAAUGAAGCUGAAAAUGUAUCUUCUUGGCCAAAGCCUAGUGAAAUCCCUUACCAAUCAAAAGUUGCUAAUUUAGUCAAUCUUGUUGGUUUUGUGCAAACCCCAAUUCAAUUUGAAACUUCCCCUGAUGGGAAUUACUGUGCUGGUACUGUUCUUGCUCAUGAGAAUAAUGAUAAUAAUAAUAACUCUAUUUUGAUGAUUCCUGUUGUGUUUGUUGGUGAUUUAGCUCAUGUUGUGGCUUGUCAUGUGAAGGAAAAUGAUUGUGUUUAUGUAUCUGGGAAAUUUUCUAUGGAUCCAUUGCCUUGUGAAAUAAUGGAUAAAUAUGAGUUCUCUUUUCAUAUUGUUGCUGAAAAUGUUAACUUUGUUCAAGGUCUGAAACAAAUAGCUCCCCGAAAGGAGAGGGGACAGUUUGUUUAUCCGAAAAGUAGUACUAAGCAGCAGCAUUCUGAUAAUGAGAAAGAUAUUUGCUUGUCUACUUUGGAAAAUGAUGAUUCUGUUGUUAAUUCGGGUGGGAGCAAGUCAGAGGGAGGUGAUGAAUGGAGGGACCUUAUCAAGAAUCCGAAACAAUGGUGGGAUUGUCGGAAGGCGAAGUUAGAUGGGAUUGUAAAAGCAAGGCACCCUGAUUUCAAGAAGAAGGAUAAUAGUAGUAUUGCAUUGUGGCUUGAGAAUGCGCCGAGGUGGGUACUUGAGGGAGUUGAAGGACUUGAAUUUGAUGUAUAUGUUCCGAAAUCUAAAGGAGUAGGAAAGGAGGUGGAUUCUUGGAAAGAUUUGUUGGAAAAUCCUGAUAAAUGGUGGGAUAAUAGAGCUACUAAGUCGAAUCAGAAAGCACCUGAUUUUAAGCACAAGAAUACUGGUAUAGGGCUUUGGGUCGAUAACUCACCAGAUUGGGUGUUGUCUCAGUUGCCACCGUCGAGAGAUCAACGUGCUAGUUACAAGAUGAACCAGAGCUAAAACGUGUCACGCAGCAACUCCACUUUAGAAUAUCACUAGCUGAUUUUUCAAGAUGAUAAGACAAUUUCUCGACUUGGGAACCAAAGCUCAACAAAAGGGAUGAUCAUUAAAGGAAAUCUUUUUCUUUCAUUUCAGCCUUUUUGAGGAAGUAAUUUGAGUUCCUGAAAAAACACAUGAUUAGCGACGUAAAAGGAUUCAUUUGGUGAUUGCCUCUCUACCUUCAUAAAAUAGGGAUGAGGUCUGCGUACACAUUCGCUUCCCCAGACCCCACUUGUGGUAUUCACUAGGGUGGUGGUUGUUGUUGUUGUAAGCAAGCUGUGUUGAUUGAAUGACAUUGGAGUAUAGACUUUAGACGUGUCUGAAUAUAUUUUGAAAUUAUUGUUGUUUAUUUAGGAUUUUAUUGGAAGAUGGUAGACCUUUUCAUAAUGGCUCUAUUGGCUAUAUGUAUGUUAAGUCUGGUCGCUCAAAUUAUUCUACCUUUUGAUUAUGAUAUGGUAAUCCGAAUAUGCGACUUUUCGGAGAAUGCUUUGUUA